AUGACGAAAACGGAAGUACUUUUCCUCUUGCCACACAAAACAACAAAGAUGGCGGCCUCCUGUUCGAUAGUGUGCUGCGGGGAAGAGCGAGACACGGAUAAAGCAGUGAUAUUUCGAUUUUCCAAUGGCAGCGUCCAAAAUGCAGAGAAACUGGACUUCAGCAUGUACAGGAGUGCCGAUGAGGUUAACCCCCGGAAAAAAACUAGGCGGAUACUGGUGGCUGAAUCAAAUAGGUUAUCCUAUGUUGGGCAAAAUUUCGGAACUGGAGCCCUUAAAUGCAACAGUCUUUGCAAUUAUUAUGUUGGAGUAUUAAACAAGAAAACCAUGCAAAUGGAACUACAUAGUGCACAGUUCUUCAACAUGCAACCUGUUAUACAAGGAGAAGCAUCAGGGAUGGAUGAUACAGACACAACACAGACUUACAAGGAAAAGGUUGAUUCUCUGAUUGAGGCGUUCGGUACCAACAAACAGAAGAAAGCUCUGACCUCACGCAGACUGAACAAGGUGGACAGUAACAUGCUGCAGGAGGCGGUCAUAAAGGCUGCCAGCACUGUCAUUAAUGAGAAGGGUGUGGAAGCUCUGCAACAGGAAGUUGCCGACAUGGAGGCGCAGGCAGCUUUGGCUCCACACCUUCCUCCAUAUAACGCAGAUGCAGACUCACCUGAGAACGUUUACCCAUUGGACGGACUCCUCAGUCCGAUGGAAUUCAAGGCUCUGGAAGAGGUUGGUUCCAAGAUGGCUGAACUCACUGCUGAAGAGCUGCAGACUAUGACAGAGAGCGGAGGGCUUCUGUGCGUCGUGAAGCACCUUGAGAACCUGCCCAGUGACGAAGAAGCCAGAAAGAAGAUGGCAUGCUGUGCUUUUUACCUUUCCAUGCUUCUCAAACUGUCACGGCAGAAUAAUAUCAGCCGCAAGUUUGGCAUGGAAGAAGGCUGCCCCCGCAUUGUGCAGAACAAAAUUCUCAGGACAUUCACUGUGGAGACUUUCAACAAUCACAGAGUUCUUAACAUGGUGUCUACUUCAAUGCGUGCCAAAUUAACAGCACACUGCCUGGUUCUGCUGCUCCAUAUGGGUGGCAUGACUGCUGACCUCACGUUAUUGCAUCGGGACAUGGGGUUAACCGAGGCCAGGAUGAUCGAAGUUGCAAAGUCACUAGGGCUGACCUUGCCAAGGUCAUACCGUGGUAAGAACAUUGCGGAUGGCCUUCAUGACAACCACAAGCAGGCUUCCCUCAUCCUUCCACUUGUCAAAUAUGAACAAUCUGGGGAGAGAAGGAAACGCAGGAAGAUGCUUUAGGACCGACAGAGGUGAUGAGUAGAACUGUUUAUUAGUCAACAAAUAAAGUCAACAUUUGAAAACAAA